AUGGCGGCUGCGAAAGCCUACCCCGAAGGAGGUUCUUUUUUGCAAACCUUUAAACGUUCAUUCACCGAUGUCCCGAUCAACGAAGCUCAAGGUAAUGCAGUCUCAACAACUGAAUUUCUCGAAGCUGCUGAAUCGUUGAGUGGGCUGUUUGAUGUGCUUGGCUCGAUGGCUUUCCAGCCAGUCAAGAAAGACAUUCUGGGAAACAUUAAGAAAGUUCGUGAUCGUCAAGCUGCUGCUCCUACAAAGUCAGAAAAUCUACAAGAUCUGGUUCGUGAUGAGCUUUCUAUGAAACGCCAUACGGCUACAGAAGGUCUUGUCUGGCUCGUGAGAGGACUGGAUUUCACAGCGCUAGCAUUGACCCAGAACCUAGCAGAAAGCUCCGAAGAGCUGUCUAAAUCUUUCCGUGGCGCCUAUACAGUUACUCUUCAACCUCAUCACUCAGUAUUUGUGAAACCAAUUUUCUCGGCUGCAAUGAUGGCAUGCCCGUACCGUAAAGACUUCUAUGCAAGUCUCGGAAAAGAUGAAGUCCAGGUCGUGGAGGAACUCAGAGUUUGGCUGGCUGCUUUGCAAAAAGUGCUGGUUAUUUUGAAGGAGUUCCUAAAAAGCAGUGAAGCGAAAUGGUGA